AUGUCAUCGGUAAUACCGUACAUUUUCGACAGAGGAUCUGUUCGAGUCAUGUCGCUGUUGGUACCCCUGGGUUUGCUACAGCUGCAGGUCUUGCAUCCCCACUACGCUACCACGACGCCCGCAAGUCACUUCGUGGCUCAACCGCACUACGUGUACCACCACAGUCCGAGCGUUUAUGGCGAGCACGACUUGGGCCCGGGACACGAUAUAGCGGCUCUCCAAAUCGAGGAGGGCAGAUAUACUUCACCGAGGGUCUUCUUCGAUGACGAUUCCCUAGAUGCGAGCCGCGAGAUCCGGCUCGAAGAACAGUUGCGCGAGGAGCGCCUUCGUCAACUACAAGCGCCUCUCGGGCCACCGCUUCGUGAAGUGCGACGGUACGAGAAGAGCGUCGAAGGCGACUUGGAUUUCUCAGAAGACAAAAAAUUCAAACACCGCAGAAAACGGCGAGCAAUCGAUUUUGGAGAUGCCGAGUUACGACGUAAGUCCCUUGAUAGUAAUGUCUCGUUCCCAUGCCUCAAACGCCUCCUGCCGAACACAAUCGAUCCAUCUAUGGUAGGUAAUUGCUUGCCGCCGAUUAUUCUGGGCCCCGUAGAGAAAAUCAUGCGGCUGCCCCUCGCGUCGGAAAGCAUUGAGCUCGGUGCUGACUUUGGAGCGGCGGUGCCGGUGUUGGCACGGAAGAUUCUAAAAUGAAACAUACGCUCAUUGAUUCGAACGUCCAACGCGUCUGUUGCGUCAAAUGAGCACCGUUACCCAGCGCGCAAGAGCGUGCCAGCUUGAC